UCCUCCUCCUCCUUCAUCCUGGCCUGCCACUGUUUCCAACAGCUGAUUGCAGAUAAAGAGAAAGCCACAGAAAGACUGGAGUCCAAGCAGAAAGGAGUUGAAGGGAAAAACAACACAGCGACCCGCAGGCAGCCAAAACACAGCUUGUUUUGCUCGUUUAACGUCGGAUACUGCACUGCAACGGAUUUACAAACAUUAAUAAAUCAGAAACGCAGUCGGUUCCGGGUCCCUUUUAGCACCGACAGGGUUUAAGAUCUAGAUCUUUAUAAUAAUGGCGUGAAUUUUAAUAGUUACGUCUUUAUACACACAGUAUUCGGUCUUCUAACGGAACUGUAUUAAUUAGCCGGUUCCCCAAACUGAACGAAGGUUAGCUAGCAAACAAAGAUGAUUAGCUCGAAUUGCCUGUGCCAAAAAAUUAGGUUAUUAGAGGUAUAGUUCGGUUUCCUACUGCGCAAUCUGAAGAAGUGUUUGCGUGUGCGCCUGGUAAGCCGGAGACAAUUUACGGACGAUUAUUUGCGUAAAGUAACGUGAAUUUGAGGUUAGUUCGCUGUCCUGACGCAUAGGAUGAAGGUUAGCUGACUAGCCUAGCUACUCAGGCUACCGUUUAUGGUCUGGACAGACAGACAGCCGUCUGUCAGUGAUGAUGAUUUUGUUCCCUUGCUUUCAGGACUAUGCCACAUGCGCCGUCUGUAGUGUCUUAUUUAGCUAAAAGUAAACCCGAAGCUACCUCACCGAGCCUUUAGCUAGCUAGCUAAGAUACCCAAGUUGUGUGUGUGUGUGUGCGCAGGAGAUUAUAGUCCGGUAUGAGCAACUCUUGUAGUAUUUAGCUGCGUUUGUUGCUGUCAAACGCAAAAAAUAAAAAUGGCGUUUUAACGCACGGAAAUUUUUAACUGUUUGCAAUUUUAAGUCUAUUAAUGGGAUUAAUAAGCGCGGCUGAACGUAGCCAAUCCUCCCGGACCGCCGGCUCGCACUAAGAGAAAUGGCCUUCCAUGGCUCCGCUCGGCCCGCUGUGUGUGGAAACUUGUUCCCAGGCUCGGAUUUGGGCCACAAAUAUUUCUGUGUGAACACUUCAGGAAGUACCGCAGCCUGCAGCGGGAUAAACGGCUCACAGAACCCAGCCGGGCCCAGUCAGCCGGCCGAGACCCCGAGACACCCGUCGGCUGUCGGAGGAAGCACAGGUGGAGGCGCAGCGGUGCCUCAGCCUCACAGCAGCCCGGCCAGUGAGGUGCCCUGCCCGGCUGAGAUGGAGCCCGACAGGCCGAUCGGUUACGGAGCCUUUGGUGUUGUGUGGUCAGUGACGGACCCCCGGGAUGGACGGAAAGUUGCUCUCAAGAAAAUGCCAAACGUCUUCCAGAAUCUGGUCUCCUGUAAGCGUGUCUUCAGGGAGCUCCGCAUGUUGUGCUUCUUCAAACAUGACAACGUGUUGUCUGCUCUGGAUAUACUCCAGCCUCCACAGAUUGACUGCUUUGAAGAGAUAUAUGUGAUCACAGAGCUGAUGCAGAGUGACCUGCACAAAGUCAUAGUGUCUCCUCAGCCUCUCACCACCGACCACAUAAAAGUGUUCCUCUACCAGAUACUCAGGGGCCUGAAAUACCUGCACUCUGCUGGAAUUCUGCACAGAGACAUUAAACCAGGGAACCUGCUAGUCAACAGCAACUGUCUCCUCAAGAUUUGUGACUUUGGUCUGGCUCGAGUUGAAGAGCCCGACUCCUCACGUCACAUGACCCAGGAAGUGGUGACGCAGUACUACAGGGCCCCUGAAGUUCUGAUGGGCUCACGCCAUUACGGGUCAGCCAUAGACAUAUGGUCUGUGGGCUGCAUCUUCGCGGAGUUACUGGGUCGCCGAAUCCUCUUUCAGGCUCAGAGCCCCAUACAGCAGUUGGAUCUGAUAACUGAUUUACUGGGAACUCCUCCCCUGUCUGCCAUGGCAUCUGCAUGUGAGGGUGCCCGAGCACACAUUCUAAGAGGACCUCACAAACCACCAUCACUGUCUGUUCUGUACAUGCUGUCAGACGGAGCCACCCACGAGGCUGUUCAUCUUCUGUGCCGCAUGCUAGUCUUUGAUCCAGCUAAGCGGAUCUCUGGCAGCGACGCACUGUCUCACCCAUAUCUAGACGAGGGCCGCUUGCGGUAUCACACUUGCAUGUGUAAGUGCUGCUACUCAGUACCCAGUGGCCGAGUGUACACUCGGGACUUUGAACCUGCUGCAGAGAGGACCUUUAGCCACAGCUAUGAGGAGAGCAUGCUUUCUGUGUGGCAGGGCAAAGAGCUCAUCCAUCGUUUCAUCACUGAGCACCAGCAGGGUAAAAGAGUGCCUUUGUGCAUCAACCCCCAGAGUGCAGCCUUCAAGAGCUUCAUCAGGUCCACUGCUUGGCAUUCCUCGAAAGUAUCAAGGAAAGAAGAGAGAUGAGAUGAGGAGUUUGUUAAAAUAGGAGUCACAGAAGACGUAGUUGACUAUAGAAGCAUGCUUGUGCUCGAGAUGAAUGACUGUGUUUACAUUUGGUUCUUGUCAGAUUAUGUAGGUCUGAAUGCCUAGGCUUGGUGCUAAGUUUGGCACAGGAUGAAUAUCCUAACAUUGUCCAAAAAAAAAAAAACCCAACCACCCUACAGUACCUAAUUCUGUAGACAUUUUUUCAAUAGUGACGGUCAAAUUAUGCUGCUGUGAACAUUUUAUACUGACUGAGCUUGAGGAUUGUGGAUACUGAAUUUCAGAAGAAACUCCUUUUCAUGGAUUGGAUUGAAGACAGAUGAACAUUGUGGUGGUGGUGAUGGCACGCGUGUGUGUGUGUGUGCGCGUGUGUUGAAGUCCCUGAAUGUUGUGCAAUACCAAUAAGGGGGGGGAGGUUUCAGUCUUUGUGGGCUUCAGCUGCCAUUCAGACCUGUUCCUGUUAUGUUCUCGGCCAAUAGUCUUGCUGUGUCACUUAACUGUUCUUGCUGAAGUUCUUCACAAGUUCUUCCUUUAUUUCCUGUAACUCUAUUUUAACCAUCUUUCCAGUAUUUGCAUAGUGUCAUACGAAUUUGGGUUGCCUUCUCUUUGCUUUUGUUACUCGAUACAGAAACACAGCGAUUUUAUUAUUAGACUGCCACCAGUUUUCCUCUUGCGUGACGUAAUCGUCACUGGAUCGUAGAUUAAGAUGCUGCGGGGAUUAAGAUCACGUAGACGUACAGGUGUUUUUGUAUGUGUACGUACCUCUAAGCAUUUAUGUGCAAGGAUUUUAUUUACUUUUAUGAGCUGGACAGCUUUUAAGGUUUGGAGAGAGCAUUAUUGAACUGUUGUGUGAUUGAAGCUAGAACAUGUACACUUAAGUUUUGUGUGUGUGUGUGUGUUCAGGAAUGGAGAGCAUUUAGGGGGAUGUAUAGUAUCGUGCUAUUUCACAUUCAUUACCUCACAUAAACCCACUGUGCACUGGCUGAGUGCGCUCAGACUAAACCCGACUAUUAACCACGUACUGUACAGGGAUCUGUGCUAAUCACUGAACCACUAUCCCGACAAAUCCCCUUUAUCUGUCAGUCUCCCUCCCUCCUUGCUCCGGCUGAUGCACAUGUCUCAGAUUUGCUUUCAGAGGAAAAUGCUGCUGUUCAUUUGAUUGACGUUUUCACUUCAGUCAUAACUAGUGUCGAGCUCAGGUUUCAUAUCGCAAACUCUGCUGUAAACACACAGGGACGCGUGUCCGGGCCACAAUGGUCCGUUCCUGGUGCUGUGAACUGAAAAGGCCCAGUUUUUGCUCUACAACCUCGAGACUCGUGCCUGUGGGCCACCACUAGGUGGUGACGAGUACUCUGAGCUCUGCUGGACAGACAGUUCUCAAGGAUGUUCGUUCAAACAGAUCCGCAAGUGGAUAAGGACUUUGCUUAGGGAUUUGCAGCACUUCAGGAGUCCAGUAAUCUGACAACCCCUUGCCCUUGUGCUGUUAUUUAAUUUGGUCAUAGGAAGAUAUUUUCUUAAAUGAAUCGUUUUCUUCUACUUUUAUGUCAAUGCAUUGUGACCAAUUUAAUUAUUUUUUUCUGUUUCUUUCUUCAGGUUUUGUAGUUUGACCACUUUGCUAUUGUGUUGGUAGAGGAACUAGAAGUGUAGUGACACGAAGAGAACUUCUGUUGGUCUAGGAUUUCUUGUACCGACUGCUAACUUCAACGUGAGGAUGUUUUAAUUAAUGGUGAGAUGUGCAUUAGUCAUGCAUUAGCUCAUAGAAGUUAGACGUUUUAUGACGAAAAAAGAAAACUCGAUAUUUGUGUUGAUAACUAUUAUGGUUAGUAAUAUCAAACACUUGUUUCAAAAGAUGGCUGGGUUUUUUUUUUGUUAUUUAUUUUUUGUCCUUUUAUUGAAAAUGUUUUUGGACUUUGUGUUUACAACAGAUGCUUGAAAUUUUUAAGGAAAAAAUGGUUUAAGGCAGAUGGAGCUGUCAAUAAAGAGCAAACACUGGAGACAAAGUGCCACGUCAACUCAAUAGAUAGGAGUCUGUCUUUUUUUUUAAUUUAAUGUUUUUAUUUUUCCCCCUUCAGGUAGAUCCCUCCCCACUUUUUACAGGUUUAAUCACUUCUUCUUGAAAAUGUUUUGCUUGGCAUUGACAGUCCAUAUAUUUAUAUUAUCUUUAGAAUUAUUCAUUUGACACAGAACUUCAAUUACAAGUAAGACAAGCACAAUUGAGAUCAGAAGAGCCAACACUGAUAUGUUUCCAUUUCAGGAAUAAGAGAAAACAGCUGUAGGGGGAUUAGUGAAGAAACUCCAGUACAAUGCACAGCACAACAGUAUAUAUGAGAGGAGAGAAGGCAAAUGUUCAAGCACAAUUUAAGUCCCGUUGUCAUGUAGAGCAGCAUGAAGCGAAAGAGCUUUAUGAUCAGAUGCUCCAGUGCAGAGAGAUGCUUUGUGAAGGUUGCAAGUGAUUCUGAAAUCGAAGGGAGGUCACUCAUGCCACUACUGAGGACGCACAGGCUCCUGAGAAGCAUUUGGGGUGAGUAAUAAAAACAGCUCUCGAUGAUGAGCAUUUGCCGAGUGGAUUGGACGGCCUUGGGUGGAAUGAGAGAUGAGGUAAGUGCUGUUUCCAGAACAGCCUGAAAAUAACAGCGGAUUUCUGUCUAGCAUAUGCUCGAUACCCUAGACUGGUAUUUUGACGUGUUAACAAUGUACUGAGAAAAGAAUGAAAAACAUUUUUCUUGUCUAUAAUUUUAGUCUAAGGGCAGUUGUUGAAUUCCAUUAAUAAACAUAUAAUACACCUAUAAUAAAUAUAUUUAUAUUGUACAUUUUUACACCUUGACUCUACGGCUCAGUGCUUUACAGUGUAAAGUAAAAAAGAAACAAAAGGCAGUCAAAAUAAACUAGUAAAAUAGAUAAUGAGUGCAAUAAAUAAUAGCAGUGACAGAAAACAAAGUAAAUGUAAACCUCAUUCUCAUCUCAUUAUCUCUAGCCGCUUUAUCCUGUUCUACAGGGUCGCAGGCGAGCUGGAGCCUAUCCCAGCUGACUACGGGCGAAAGGCGGGGUACACCCUGGACAAGUCGCCAGGUCAUCACAGGGCUGACACAUAGACACAGACAACCAUUCACACUCACAUUCACACCUACGGUCAAUUUAGUCACCAGUUAACCUAACCUGCAUGUCUUUGGACUGUGGGGGAAACCGGAGCACCCGGAGGAAACCCACGCGGACAACAUGCAAACUCCGCACAGAAAGGCCCUUGCCGGCCACGGGGCUCGAACCCGGACCUUCUUGCUGUGAGGCGACAGCGCUAACCACUACACCACCGUGCCGCCCUAAAUGUAAACCUAUACAAUAAAAACUAUAACAAUAGUGAUAAUAAUAAUAAUUAACAAGGGGAGACUGGGUAUGGUUGUAACACCUUUUGCUUCAGCACAUGUAACUCGCUGAACUUUUGAGCUACAGUUCAAAAUUUCAGUACACUACAUUAUUAUAUAUAACACUCACCAGCCACUUUGAUUCUAAGAAUCUAUGAUUCCUGUUCUUGGCUGGCAGGAGUGGAACCCAGUGUGGUGUUGUGCUGUUACAUGCUGAGAUGCUUUUCUGCUCAUCAUGGUUGUAAAGAGUUGCUCUGAGUUACUAUAUCCUUCCUGGCAGCUCAAACCAAUCUGGCCGUUUUCCUCUGACCUCUCAUCAACAAGAUGUUUGUUUCCACCCACAGAACUGUUGCUCACUCGAUGGGGUUUUUUCCCCUGCGCCAUUCUGUGUAAAGUGUAGAGACUGUUGUGUGUGAAAACCCCAGGAGAUCAGCAGUUUCUGACAUACUCAAACCGGUCCAUCUGGCACUAACACCCAUGUCAUAGUGAAAGUCACACUUUGAGAUCACAGUUUUUCCUUUUCUGGUGUUUGAAGUGAACGUUAACGGAAGCUCUUGAUUUGUAUCUGCAUGAUUUUAUGCUUUGUGCUGCUGUCAAGGGAUUGGCUGAUUUAGAUAAAUGCAUAAAACAGCAGGUGUAUGGGUGUACCUAAUGAAGUGGCUGGUGAGUGUAUAUUGAAUAUAGCCCAGAAAAAUGUGCAGUAAAAGUCAGCAAAGCAAACCUCUAGGGAGGUUUUCUCCCCCUAUCUUUAAUCAAGAGUGUAGUCUUUUAAUUAGUGGGUAUUCAUUUCCCUCACAAUCUGCCCUCUCUCUCAAAUAGCCCCUGCAUGACCUUAACUGCUUUUGUGCACUCGUGAGUCUUCUGCUCACAGAUUUGUGCACGCACUCAGAUUUUAGUGAAAAUAACCCUUGCAAAAUUCACCAACCAAUAGAAUGGUUGGAUGCUGACCAAUGAAAUAGUCACUGCCUCGUGCAUUCGCUUUACUUAUAGGUGGGUUUGUUAAGAGAGAAUGGGGGAAAAAAUGUAUGCACGGUGCGUACAGUAUCAUGGAUGUAGGCACCAGUGGUGUCCCUUUUGUUAUAAGCUACCCCACUACCUGGAUAGGUUGUAAUACAUACUGGGGUAAGUUGUAACAUUACAUUCCAGGCAUUUAGCAGACACUCUUAUCCAGAGGGAUGUACAACAUACCCAAGAGCAGCCAUUCCUGCUGGUCCAGGGAAUCAAACUGGCAACCUUCUGGUCCCAAAGCUGCUUCUCUAACAAUUAGGCCGUGGCUUCCCAAACAAUUAGACAAAAGAAGUGAAAACUGAGGCCACACCAUACGAUAUACUUCAGAAAGGGGUUUAUUGAGAUCUCAUCUCAUUAUCUCUAGCCGCUUUAUCCUUCUACAGGGUCGCAGGCAAGCUGGAGCCUAUCUCAGCUGACUACGGGCAAAAGGCAGGGUACACCCUGGACAAGUCGCCAGGUCAUCACAGGGCUGACACAUAGACAACCAUUCACACUCACAUUCACACCUACGGUCAAUUUAGAGUCACCAGUUAACCUAACCUGCAUGUCUUUGGACUGUGGGGGAAACCGGAGCACCCGGAGGAAACCCACGCGGACACGGGGAGAACAUGCAGACUCCACACAGAAAGGCCCUCGCCGGCCACGGGGCUCGAACCCGGACCUUCUUGCUGUGAGGCGACAGCGCUAACCACUACACCACCGUGCCACCCAGGUUUAUUGAGAUUAAAAAAAACAAGCCUUAGUCGGUCACAAUGGUGGUAAAUACCACCAGGUGGUAACCCUGAAGGUGCAGACUUAAUGGGGCCAGAGGUUUCAUAGGACGCAUUUUACCCACACUUCCUUUGGCUUCGAGUUGCCAAAUGGCUCCAUAUAGACCGCACAAAACUUCAUCAUCUGAGGUCUCAGAAUCAUUAGCGUCGGUUUUCAGCCUUUUUUUGGAGGGGGGGCAAGCUUUCUCUCCUUUGUCUUUUGCUUGCCUCUAUUCUUUUCUAAGUUAUUCUUUCUUUCUUACAUUUGUGCUUCCUGUCCUCUGUUGUUCUUGGUUGGUUCAAAACAAACACCGAUUCCACCAAUUCUUGCUUCACUGUUGUAUCAGUGAGCAUUUCGGACUGCCUCUUUUUCCUAAUCCUGAUUUUCAUGGCCCUGCUUUUGGAAAUGGCCGUAUAGCUGAAGGAUUGAACACCUGACCUGGAGACAGCCCUGAGGUGCCAUUUCUCAUCUGGAGCACAACACACCUACACUGGGAAGAUCACUGGAACCCUGGUCUCUCAGCUUCAGCAGUGAUUUGCUGUAUCUGCUCAGUGUGACAUGGCAGAUCCCAUGUGCCUUCACCACUGAUCUGACAGACUUGCCCUUCUUUGUGACCUCAUCAGAUUUUGUUUGUUUGUUUGUUUGUUUUUUAACACUGGCAGGCACACACGUCUUUCACUCUUUCUUUUCCAUUGCCUAGGCAUUCUCUAAAAUUUUAAAAAAUCAGGUAUCCUUGGUUGUAUGUAAGGGGAUGGUUGUAACACUUAAAAAAAAUGUUACGACCAACCUAACCCCUGUCAGCCAUUGUUUAGCUGGUUGUAUUAGCAUAGUAGUUUGAAAUUAGCAUCUGGAAAAAAUGCAUCACACUUUGCAUGAGACACUACAAUUCAAUCUAAUAUAAGAUGUAUGAUUUUAUCUCAUCUCAUCUCAUCAUCUCUAGCCGCUUUAUCCUGUUCUACAGGGUCGCAGGCAAGCUGGAGCCUAUCCCAGCUGACUACGGGCGAAAGGCAGGGUACACCCUGGACAAGUCGCCAGGUCAUCACAGGGCUGACACAUAGGCUACGUUUACACUAGACCGUAUCUGUCUCGUUUUCUUCGCGGAUGCACUGUCCGUUUACAUUAACCCCCCUGAAAAAGCGGGGAAACGGGAAUCUGCCAGCGUCCACGUAUUCAAUCUAGAUCGUAUCAGCUCCGGUGCUGUGUGAACAUUGAGAAUACGCGAAUACGCUGUGCUGAGCUCUAGCUGGCGUCUCAUUGGACAACGUCACUGUGACAUCCACCUUCCUGAUUCGCUGGCGUUGGUCAUGUGACGCAACUGCUGAAAAACGGCGCAGACUUCCGCCUUGUAUCACCUUUCAUUAAAGAGUAUAAAAGUAUGAAAAUACUGCAAAUACUGAUGCAAAUACUGCCCAUUGUGUAGUUAUGAUUGUCUUUAGGCUUGCCAUCCUUCCACUUGCAAGUAAUAAGUGAUAUGCGCUGGGAUCUCACACACAGCGGCUCAGUCCCGAAUCGUGGCUUGUUCACUUCACUCGCGCGCUCUGUGAGCUGCACAGGGCCGGAGUGCACACCCUCCAGAGGGCACUCGCUGUUCAGGGCGGAGUGAUUUGGAGCGCAGGAUGCCUGCGGAGCCGAGCGUAUCCGCGUAUUGGUGUUGCUGUGUGCACGGCUAACGGUUUUAGUGUAAACGCGAAUCGUUUUAAGAAUGUUAAUCUGAUGAUCCGCUGAUUCGACGUAAUGUAAACGUAGCCAUAGACACAGACAACCAUUCACACUCACAUUCACACCUACGGCCAAUUUAGAGUCACCAGUUAACCUAACCUGCAUGUCUUUGGACUGUGGGGGAAACCGGAGCACCCGGAGGAAACCCACGCGGACACGGGGAGAACAUGCAAACUCCGCACAGAAAGGCCCUUGUCGGCCACGGGGCUCGAACCCGGACCUUCUUGCUGUGAGGCGACAGUGCUAACCACUACACCACCGUGCCGCCAUGAUUUUAUCUGUAAAAGUAUAAAUACUGAACAACAAUUUAGUCUUGGUUUAAAAAAAACAAACUUUCUGACCUCAAAAUCAUUUUUUUCUUUUAUAGAAUCUGCAUCCUCCGGUUUCCGGCCUUGGCAACCACCAUGUGGGAUCUGGGGGAAAGUUGGUGAACACUGAAAUGAUCACAUGAUUCCUCCUUCCUGACUGGUGAAAUUGGUGGUGUUAACUCUCCCCGUGUUGCAACCACACCUGGUCUCCCCUAAUCAAAAUGCAAAAGUAACAUGCUAGUUCGGCAAAUACUCAAACCUUGGAUAAACGUGACCAUGCCAUAAACGUUGUAGAGCAAACCGUUUCAUGGUAUGACACUCAUGGGUAACUAGAAGGGGAAAAAAAUGUGCAUUGCUCUUUAUUCUCUGUUACACUUUCUCAUUUAAAAAAAAAAAAAAAGCUGUGUGGUAUUUACAGCUGGUGAAUUUGGGUUGUUCCCAACCCCAUGUUUCAUUGCAUCAAGGAAUGUUGUAUUAACUCUGCUCCCUCUUCACUCCAGUUCUGAGGAACGUGUUGAACUUCUUGGUUAUAGUUUCAUGCAAGCAGCUACUGUAUCAGGACUGAGACAAGGAGCGAUGUAUAAUGUGCUCGUUUCAGGUGGCUGAGGUUGUGCUGGUACAUUUGUAACCAGAAGCAUGUUGAAACUCUAAUCAGUAAAGUGUUGUAAUAGCCCAGUUGUUAUUGAUGACAAAGGCCAGGACUAUAAUCAAUGUUACACAGAGUGACUCUGCAUGAGCUCUCAGAAAUGUAGUCGAAGUUCAGCUGGGGGACAAUCAACAACCCAUAUGUCAAUCAGAGCCUUUAAACUUACAGUGCGACGUUACAAAAGCUAAAGACCUGAGUCAGCAAAGUACUUUCAUACCUAAGCGAGUCUAACAAAAGAUGUACAUGUAAUUGUGUAGAAUUGAUCAUGUACUUACUCAAAAGUUCAUUGAUAAUCUCAUAUAUUUUAAUAGCAACAUUUGGUUCAGAUGGUUAAAGCAAUAUUUUCAAUGGUUCCAGAGCAGAGACCAGAUUAUACACACCAUGCUGCUUAUAGAUAACCUGCUUUUUCACUGCGACACUCAGUCAUGACAAAAUCAGCAGAGAUCUACCAGUUUGUUAAAGCCAAGACUGUCAUCAACUGUCUAAUAAGCAGAAAGUAAUUUGAGAAUAAACUUGGUCAGAAAAUAUCAGGUCCACAAAAGAUUCCCCAGUGUGGCAUGAUCCUGUACUGAUCUGCCAUAUUAAAAUCACUGUGAUGAAAUUUUAAUGGGAAUUAAAAUUUAAUAGCAAUAAAAUUAGACUAACUAGGUCAUGUUCCUCCAAGACUGUCCCUCCUUUUAGUUGGUGAAAUAUAGCUUGAUUAUGUGCGUUUUCUCUAAUUAUAACAGAUUAAAGUACAAGUCAUCCCUCAUAAAUGGCACUGGAAAGGCACUAAAUGCUUUUGAGGGUCGCGACUUACUCUAUGGGACCUUUAGUUAUCUUUAACUCUUUACCCCUUAAUGAUGACAUAUGACGACCCCGUGUAUAUCCCAUAAUGACGACAUAUGACGCCGGCGUGUGUGCACCAUAAUGACGACAUUUGACGACUCUGAAUUUGCCUCUACAUACGUAUUUUACCCUUUACAGGUAUCCCAGGUGAAUAUUUAUGAUAAAAUGUAUGAAUUCUGAAAAGAUAAUUGAACAACAUUAUAUAAAGCAUCUUUGUAAAGUUGCAGUAAUCAUUUAUUGUACACCAUUUGACAUUCAUGUAAAAUGUGAAGAUUGGUUUUCACACAGGUAUUACAAAACUUUCAGACACUCCCUGUGAGUUGGUGAAUGUUGAAACAUAACUUUGAGUGAUUUUUGUAUUCUGUGUCAUGUCCUCUUUACAAAAAUGUAUGAUAUGUCAUGAUUGUUUCAACAUGAAGGAGAAAACUGA